AUGUUCGCAGGCCGCUCAUUGCAGACAUAUUACUUUUCGGCAGGCCGAAGGUUCCUCUCCACAGCAAAUCGAUCUCGGUAUCAACCUCAGGACAGGAGUCGACGACAAUCACCGACAUUUUCCAAGAACAAAACCACUGAUUACCGAUCAGAGCCAGAACCCUUGAGCUCACAUGGAAGCAAGAAAUUUCGAAUAGAAGCAGAUCCUUUAACGGGACUCUAUGAUGCAGUAAAAUUGGCAAUGAUGAAGUCAGCACGUUCCAAGCGUCAGCUGCUCAGUGGGCCCCAUCGGCUCACCGAAGGACUGCCAGCGGAAGUCCUCGCGUACGAGGGCAAUGCGCUUCUAGCGAAGCAUCGAUCAAAUUCCAAUGGCGAUGGGGCGAACACCGCUCCAGUAACAGAGUCAUCAAACAUGGGCACGACCAAGCGCCUCAAAACACCAAUUCUGUCGAGCAUGACAGAGCUUGAGCUCGAGAUUGAACAGCUGUCCUCAACGGGAGAUGGACUUGCGUACUCAAAGGAGCAUGACCAUGUCUUCGUUGUACCAUUUUCUGUUCCGGGUGACAGAGUACUGGCGAAGACGUUUCCGCAGGUCCCUAACGAUGUGUACACCAUGACUGACUUCCUGAAAGUCUUGCGGCCGUCUGAGAAGCGCGAAGGUGUCACCCCCGGCUGUAAAUAUUUCACCAAAUGUUCGGGUUGCCAGCUUCAGAUGCUGCCAUAUACCGAACAACUAUUACACAAGAAAUCCAUUGUGGAGAGAGCGUUCCAGCGCUUCUCGAACCUCGACCAGUCACUGAUUCCGCCCGUGGGCGACACCAUUGGAUCACCGUUGGAGUACGGCUAUAGGACGAAACUAACGCCUCAUUACGAUAAACUUUCCCCUGGUAAUUCGUCUGAGCACAGGCCCAUUGGAUUCAACUACAAAGGUGGAGCUCGAGGCAAAGUCCUGGACAUUGAGCACUGCCCUAUCGGAACGCCCAUUGUCAAUGAAGGAAUGAAAGUUGAACGGCAAAAGAUCCGUGAUAAAAAGUUCACAAAUAGCAAGGGCGCCACAAUCCUGCUCCGGGAGUCAACACGACGCACAAAGCACGAGUCUUCCGAAAACCCAUCAAUGCCUGCCAACGGCGACCAACUCUCCAAAGAGAACACAACCCACGAUGUGGCAGCACCCUCAACAGAUGCAACAAGCGACGCGGCCUUCUAUGCAGUGCCACUGGAGGAACCGCUAAAAAGCGAAAUCACAUUCCCUGAGCCAAACAAGCCAGAGCUCAAACUCACCUAUGCCACACAUGAAGACACCAAGACAUGUGUCUCGGACCACAAAGGCAUGUCGACGGAAUACGUGGGCGACACAAUAUUCGAGAACGUGGCGAACUCAUUCUUCCAAAACAACAACUCGAUCCUCGCGACCUGCAUCAACUACGUCCGCCAACAAUGCACCCCGACCACAACCCCAAAAUCCACCGCCGUCACUGCCACCCCGUGGGAAGCACCAAUCAAAUACCUCCUGGACGCGUACUGCGGCUCCGGGCUCUUCGCCGUCUCGCUCGCCCCUUCGUUCACAUCAACGCUCGGCAUCGACGUCGACAUCCACGGGAUCAAAUCCGCGCGCAAGAACGCAGAAUACAACAAGCUCGCCAACGCAGGUUUCAUCACAGCCGACGCCUCGACAUUAUUCCAGGACGUGCCUUUCCCGCCAGGGGAGAGCCUCGUGCUCAUGGACCCGCCGCGCAAAGGCGCGUCACUGGAUUUCUUACAGCAGUUGUGCCAGUUCGGGGCCAGGAGGGUCAUCUAUAUCAGUUGUAAUGUGCAUACGCAGGCAAGGGAUGUGGGCCUGUUGGUGCAGGGCUUCGGUGGCAAUUGGAGAUAUGAGAUUGAGUCGUUGCGCGGCUUUGACUUCUUUCCGCAGACGAGUCAUGUCGAGGGCGUUUGUGUCUUGAAUCGUGUGCGUGAUAUGCCUGGGGUGGGUGGGCUGGAUGGUGAGAAGUAA